CCUCCUCCUCCUCCUCCUCCUCCCUCCUCCUCCUCCUUCCCUCCUCCUCCUCCUCCUCCUUCCUCCUCCUCCUUCCUCCUCCUCCUCCUUCCUCCUCCUCCU